UAUUGACGUCGAUUUCCAUGGAGCUGCUAAUGCUAACGUACUGCGAUUCAAGUCAACACGUCUGCAGUUUCAGAUCUAGUCUGUUUUACAUGCUACAUUUGUUAUGCAAUGUAAAAGUAAAUUGUAAUAAGUAAAAUAUUGCAUUUAUAAUCUUAUGGUUUCUUUAUGAUGCGUUUUAUUUUGCGAAUUGUUGUUUCCAGCUAAAGUUGAAGCUCCAGGAUUUAAUCGUGUUUACAGAACUAUUACCAAGGAAUGAAUUCACACGGGAGAAAGAACCCACGCAGGACCCGUCAACCCAUUCCUGAAGUCCUGCCUAAAUCCCACACACCUGGUUCAUGCGACAACGCUUCCACUUUGCAUAGUAGGAAAACCAGGAAGACUCCAGAUUUGCAUGCUGCUGGAUCAUGUGGGUUAACUGAAACCGUGAACGACAAGCAGAAACCUCAAGCAUUAAACCAAAGUGCCUGUCCCGACCCAUCAAACCGUUUACAAAAACCUUCACGUCCAGUAAGACACACAAAUGGACAUGUGUCUUCAAAUUCAGGUGAACCUGAGCCAAAAAAAUCCACAUUCCAGAAACACCCAACAAAGAUUUCAAAAACAUCUCGCAAGGGAAAAACAAAAGCGGAUGUUCAACCUUGUGACAAAGGCGAUGUUGCCACACCAAGCGAUGUAGCUGGCAACAAACCUUGUUUUGAUAGACUGAAAAAUGAUACAGAACUCAAAGCAAAGGACAAUAGUGAUAAAACAAAACGGACACGUACACAAUCUUCUAAAAAAAUACAGAAGUGUCAGACUUCCUCUGAUGUUUCUAAAGGACUUCACAAGCGUACCACAUUAUCUCCUCGCUCUCAAAAGCAGAAAUCCUCCAGUCACACUAAUAAGGCUUGUAGUUCUGGACCUUGCACACCAAAACGGGGCAAUCUUAAGCCUUGCCCUCUCCUCAGCUCAACGCCCAACUCACGCCUUAGAUCACCAAAUCCAGAUUCAGAGAUAAGCUGCUCACCAUGCACACCAAGAAGUCAACGUAACAUUACACAGUGCAGUCCAGUACAGGUGUCUUCCCCAGAUGACAAACCAGUAAGAAAAGUCAAACCCCGGAAACUCACGGCAGCGGGGAAGCCGGAAGGACAGAGGAAAAGAAAUUCACAGGAGCCAAGGUCUUCUCGGCCCUCAAAACGCUGCAAGAAGAGUGAAAUGUUUUUGACAGAAUCCCCUCAGGAUGAGACGUCUCUUUCCAGUAGAUUUUCUUUGAUAACCCCGAAUCCAGAACUCCAACAGAAAUUGGAUGAAAGCAUGUCCUCUGACCUCUCCAUUGAGCUGAGCCUGCAGGGGGAGUUCCAGCCUCUCUGCCACUCCCUCUCCAUACAGGAGGAUGAAGAGGAUCAGGAUAAUGAUGAUGAGGAGGAGCUGCCCAGUUUCUUGCAGCAAGACAAUAAAAAGCCUUCAUCGAUCUCAGAGGGACUUUGUGUGUGGUGUAAACUGAGGAAAUAUCCCUACUGGCCAGCCGUGGUUAAAAGUGUGAAUCACAAGAGCAAAAAAGCCAGCAUUGUAUUUAUUGAUGGUUACAUAACUGAUCAAAAGAGAAAGAGAAAAGGGUUUUUUGUAUCUCUGCGAACCCUAAAGCCGUUUGACUGUGAAGAAUCCGAAAAACUGGUGGAUGCAGCAAAGGAGAAGUAUGGCAGUGCUAUAACCUGGUCUCUGGAGCUGAUAUCAGACUAUAGAAUCCGCAUUGGAUGUGGCUCCUUCACCGGUUCCCUUAUCGAAUAUUGUGCAGCUGACAUCAGUUGCCCGGUGAGGAGGAAGUUCUCUGAAGGGAAGUCUGUGCUCACCUUCCCCAGUCAGGAGAUUCUGAGCGAGCAGUUUCACAGUUCAGAUGACAACACAGAGGACAUCGCUGUUGAAGAACAAGACGAUCUGCAUUCGAAGAAAGUCUUACCAGACCGAGCCAGGGCCGCGCGCAAUCGAGCCAAUGAGAAGCUGGUCGACUUCAUCGUCAACAGACGAAGAGUCGAAAACCACUUACUGGCAGUGAUCGGUGGUCAGGAGUCGUCUCAGUGGAUGCAAGCCGUCAAAAAGUCCACUCGCCGAGUGGUGGACGUUUACCUGGAGGAUGAGGAGCAGGUGGAUAAAGUGUACCGCUAUCUAGACAUGGUCUGCAACAGCUCUCCACAGAUAAACAACUGUCUGGAAAAGAUCCAGGCCGACCGGAUAAAGCUUAUUCUGGAUGUACUUUUGCCGGAGGCGAUUAUACGUGCCAUUGCUGGAGUCCACAGGCUUUCCUUGGUGAAGGCGGAAGAGAAAUAUCGCAGCGGGCCAUGUUUCAGUAAGAGAGAAAGACAAGAGUUCGACAUGAUUAUUGAACAACAGAUGAAGCUCAAAGAAAUUGCAUUGCAACAUAAAAAGAAUUAUGAUUAAUGUGAGAAUUUGUUCUGUGAAGGGAUAAAGGUACAGAUGCCUUUUGUCUGUUAUAUCUACAAAUACGUUUCUGGUUUCAUGCACAUGGAAAUUUUAUACAAGACUCUAAUUGUUGUUUAUUAAUAAAUCUUUAUUUUACAACGCC